AGACGGAGCAAAGUUUGGAAGAAGUGAGCUGUUGCGAAGAGUUCCAAAAGUUGUUUAUCCUUCCCAGCUUGCGAGCUGGCAGAACUGACAGCAAGGGACUGCCUGGGGACGGAGCCCGCGCAUGUGUCGCUCAGGACUGACCCCUCCUUUCCUUGCAGGUUUAAGCCCCGGAGGAUAUGAUGUUCACGAAACUCUUCCAGCAGUGGAGUUUCGCGGUGUUUCUGCUGAGUUAUUCUGUGCCCUCCUACGGAAGAUCGGUAGAGGGGAUCAGCCGCAGACUCAAACGGGCUGUAUCAGAGCACCAGCUACUGCAUGACAAGGGCAAAUCAAUCCAAGACUUACGAAGAAGGAUAUUCCUUCAAAAUUUAAUUGAAGGUGUCAACACUGCAGAAAUCCGUGCAACUUCAGAGGUCUCACCUAAUCCUAAGCCUGCUACCAACACAAAGAACUACCCUGUCCGAUUUGGCAGUGAAGAUGAGGGCAGAUACCUAACUCAGGAGACAAACAAAUCACAGACCUAUAAGGAGCAGCCCCUGAAGGUAUCAGGGAAGAAAAAGAAAGCGAAGCCUGGAAAACGUAAGGAACAAGAGAAGAAAAAGAGGCGAGCUCGCUCAGCUUGGCUAAAUUCUGGCAUGUAUGGAAGCAAUGUAACUGAGAGCCCAGUCUUGGACAACUCCAUUACUACACAUAAUCAUAUUUUAAGGAGGCGCUGAUAUUUUCAGCAAGACAACUUUGGAAGACAUAUUGCAGUAUUCUGUAAUAGUGAACAUAGAACAUAUGGGAAGUAUUAAAAUAUUUAUUACCUGUAAAUAUUGU